GCAACCAGGGAUAAAUCGAUUUAUAUGUUCAAUUCUCAGCGGUUAAAGAACGGAUUAACGAUCACUCAGUUGGUAUGAGCAAGUUAAGGCUACCUGUAAAUCAGAGAAUAAUCAAACAAUAUGGAUGACCCUGACAAUCUACAGCACAGUCGAGACCGACAACACUGGAUAAAGCUGCGCCAUGACCCCUUGCUCAACGUUACCGACAGAGUGACUCUUAACGAAGCGCAGGUAGCAGAAUCAGAAGGGGAGCAGAUAUUGAGGUAUCGCCACCUAUCGGAGAAUGAUCGCCAUCUGGUGGACAAUGUUUUGCGCGGGAGAUUACCCUUGGAAGAUCUUCCAAAGCUUCCAUCAAGACUUGUCAGGGUCUACCUUAGCUCGACAUUUACAGAUUCAAUACAAGAAAGGAAUGUACUUAUGCAGUAUGUGUAUCCCAAACUGAAGGAAUAUUGCAGAAUCAAUCACAACAUUGAGUUCCAGGUGGUAGAUAUGAGAUGGGGUGUCCCACGACAUGACACAGACGACCACUCAGAUACAGAUGUUUGUCUUGAGGAAAUUAACAACUGUAGACGGCUGUCAUGUGGGCCAAACUUUGUAGCGUUGGUUGGUCAGAAGUAUGGUACGCGACUUGCGCCUUCCAAACUUUCGGUCUCUGACUACGAGGCUAUUCACGAUGCGCUUCAAGAAGCAGGAAGUAACGUCAAACUUCUUAACAUGUGGUAUAAAAAGGACGAAAAUGCAACUCCGAAAGCAUUUGUUCUCCAACCCAUAAGCUUGGUAUUAGGCGAGAGCAACGCUAAACAGUGGUUUGAUAUGGAAACACGUCUCGAACAGAUUCUAAUGAAAGGAGCUCUGUUGGCAAUUAGACAGGGGCGCAUAGAUGAAACAAUUGUUGAAACACUCCAAAUGUCAGGAACUCAAAAAGAACUGGAAUUUGCACUGUUUGAUGAGUCCAACUCAACACUGAAACUCAACGAGAACACAGUUUGUUAUCUGAGAACAAUCACAGAUAUUGAGAGUCACAUGAACAAACCGAAAGCACAGAAGUUUAUGGAUAUUAUCGCAACAACCAAGAGAGUUGACAAUAGGAUUCAAGACAAACUACAAACGAUUAGAGAGGUCAAGAUUCCAGGGGUAAUAGCUGAGAAACGUAUUAUGAAGAGUCAUGUUGGGUGGAGUGAUCCCCACGGUAUAGAUGAAACAGCACAUAGUGAAUACAUAGAUGCGUUCAGGGAACAUUUCCAUAUGCAAAUGAGGGACCUUAUCGAGUACAAUAUGAACUCACAGACAAGAAUGCAGACUGACGGGCUCUACGAAGAACAACUUCAGCAUUGGCAUGCAGCUGAUGCAAGGUGCAGGAACUUUGUUGGACAGGAAAAACAUAUGCAGAAAAUUCUCAACUACCUCAUAGGCGAGACUGACCAGCCCUUGGUUCUCUAUGGUGAAGGUGGUGUUGGCAAGACAUCCAUAAUUGCCAAAGCCUCAAGUGAGGUUCAAAACGUCGCAAAGACAAUAGGGCUUCCCCUCAGUUCAUCCUGCCUUCUCCGGUUUAUUGGGUCGAGUCCGAGUAGUUCAAACAUCCGCCAGCUUCUGACAAGUAUCUCUGCGCAGAUCGCGUAUCAAACUGGGCGUUCGAGAAGUUUAGUCCCUGGCGAAUAUAAAGCUUUAAAAAAGUACUUCAUGGAUAUGAUGUCUCGAGGAGAGUUCGGAGGUCUCGUGAUUAUAUUCCUAGACUCGUUAGAUCAAUUGACAAGUGAUGAUAAUGGGCAGUCCUUAGAUUGGCUGCCAUCAAAACUCGCCGAUAAUGUCAAAAUCAUCGUGUCGACAAGACCAGUAGAAAAUGGCAUCCUUGAUAAGUUGAAUAGUAAAAUCGAAAACAAAGAGUAUAUUCAUGAAGUUGGAAGGCUCACCCCUGAGGAAUGCACGGCGAUUCUCAAACAGUAUCUCACAAGCGCUGAACGAACCCUAAAUGCUCAACAAUGGCAGGUAGUUCAUGAUACAUUCCGUUCACGGAUCUGCACUCUCCCUCUUUAUAUUCGACUAGCGUUUGAGGACAUACGCCGUUGGAACUCAUACACAGAGGUCACUAUUCGCUCAAUUGGAUUCACUGUUGAAGAAUGCUUGAAUAAACUAUUUGACCGACUGGAAGAUAAACAUGGGAAGAUUGUUGCUUCUCAUAUACUAGGUUACAUCACGGCGUUUGGUUCUGCAGGAGUUAGUGAGAACGAACUGGUUGAUAUUUUGAGUAUCGAUGACGUAGUUUUGGACGAAAUUUACAAAAUUUGGCAUCCAACAGUAAGGCGGUUUCCCCCUGCGUUGCUGUCUCGGUUACGUCAUGAUAUAUCACCAUAUUUGGUAGAAAGGGACGCUCAAAGUACGUGUGUGAUUGGCUGGUAUCAUCGGCAAUUUAUAGAAGUCUCAAAAGAGCGAUAUCUGUCAAAACUUGAACAGAUACUUCAUCUUCAUGGAAAUAUAUCUGAUUAUUUCCUCGGAAAAUGGUCUGGGAUAAACAGAAAACCCUUCAAAUACAGUGACCGAUGUGCCAAAAAACGAUGUCUACACGACCCACAUUCCCUUGGAUUCAGGUAUCCCGCAGAACAACCGCUGAUAUAUACAGGGGAUGACCAUAAUGCUCGAUUCAACUUUAGGAAACUGAGCUUGCUGCCACAUCAUCUAGCGAAAUGCCAAAGGUAUGAAGUGCUAAAGGAAGAAGUUCUGUUCAACUACAACUGGCUACAUACUAAACUAGUCGCAACAAACUUCCAACAAGUGAUAGCUGAUUUUGGAUUGAUUGAUGACCACGAAACAACACUAGUUGAAGAGGCUUUCAGAAUGGCAGAAGCUGCGAUUGUUGAGAACCCGGAUGUAUUAAACACUGAACUUAGUGGUCGUCUGCUAUCACAUUUCCACACAUUUCCAAAGAUAAAAUCACUCAUUUUAGAAGGUGACCAGUUGGCAAUCAAACACUGUUCUCUGGUGUCAAAUUGCCAGAUGUACACUGUACCAGGAGCACCACUACAAUAUAUAUGUGACGUAGGAGCAGGGAAAGGAAGUGAGGUGAACAUUGACGUCAUACAAAACGCUAAAGGAGUCCUCCUUACAGCUAAACAAUUCAAAAAUGGUACUUUGAAAACGUGGGACAUCGCUAACUGUGAGACGCAAACUCCAAUUAAUGUUCCUGGAAGUACUAAGUUGUAUGCCUCUCCAAAUGGGGAAAUGAUCAGUGCAAUAACUGGCGGCCAACUGAAGACAACACGAAUCGAUAGCAAUGAGGUAAUAAGUGACGUCACGGUGGGAAACGUGAAAGUGACGGACGUUGCAAUGUCAAAUAAGUUCUUUCUGUUUACAGCUGAGCAGGGUCCAAGUCCUUGGAUUAUAGACAUUGAAGCUCAGUGUGUAUUAGAUAAGUUGAGAUACAAGUCUGACGCAGUUGCAUUGAGUGACGACGGACAAUAUACAGCAUGUAACGAUGGUUACAAUAUCUCAUACAACACCGUCCCCCUCCUUGAGAGAAAGUGUCUGAUCAAAACAAGGGAUCUUUCACAACAGAUCGCCUUCUCAAGAGACAACACUCGUUUUUAUGUAAGAUUCCAAAGCAGGAAAAUCACUUCGUAUAAAGUUGAUCUUAUCGACCACAAAGCAACAUCAAAAGAUAUCUUCCAUGAUAUGGAAAUGAGGGAUUUCAAAAUGUCUCACUAUAGAAUAUACACUCUGGUAAGGUGCUCCAGAUGUCUUUUCCUGAUCGACACCAGCACAGAAAAGGUGACACAUCGGUUAGAAAUUUCCAAAGAGGUAUUCAUAGAGCCUCUUACAAUAUUCACAGGUGUCGGGUUUACUCCCAAUGACGCAAUGGUCGUAGCCUCGAGGCAUGCUUACGUUGGAGUUUGGGAGACUAAAUCUGGUACGCUACUUCGUAUACUGCAAUCUUCUGUGUCCCCUGUAUCACAGUUGUUUACCUCAUACUCGCUCAACAAAGCUAUAACAUUGCUAGAGGAUCGCUCAAUCCAGAUUUGGAACUUGGACAAUAUGAAUGAAAAGGUUCACUACAUGAAGAAUGUAAUCGAAGGCUCAGUUCGGAACAUUGAUCUCAGUUCCAUUGGAAAGAAAAUCCUUUGUUUUGGAGAAAACACAAAUGAAGCAAAAGUUGUUGAUCUAGUAUCGAGUGAUCCGCUUCUCACUAUCUACCAUAGUGACGACCCAUAUGACAUCAUAGAGGAGGUACGUGUCUCCCCAUGUGGUAGAUAUGGUAUAACACGUGUCAGAAAGACGGAACUUAUGAAUAGUGAACCAUGGGAUCUUUUGUAUGAAGACAUUCUAUGGGAUUUGAGCACCGGGAAGAAGAUACACCACGCAUUGAACUGCAGAGACGUAAUAUUCAGCCAGGACGACAGCAUUAUUGGGUUUAUCACUUCCCGUAAAUACAACCACGAUGAUUGGACGGAUAAUGAUUACGUCAUUAACAUACUCAGACCUGAUACUCAUGAAGAAGAAAUCAGUGAACCUCCACCUGCUGAUUUCGUCACAAUUCCCUUCAUCAUGAAAAAGAACACCUAUAUGAUCUGUAUCAUGCAAUGGUGCGUCAAAACAUUCAAUGAAAAUGGGGAUGAGACCAAGAGAGAAUUCCAAAUACGACUGGUUGCUAACAGUCUUACGAGGCCACGUGAAUAUAGGAAUGCGCGUGUGUUUAGUCUGAAUCAGAUGAUCCCAGAGGCUGAAGAAACAGAUAAUUUUGUUGAUGUGAGACUCACACACGAUGACAAGCUUCUCCUCAUAUAUGUCAAAGGGAUCGAUGCGUUUCCCUACAAUGACGAUGGUGCCUUGAAUACAUCACAGCACGUGGAAAAGGGAGCGCUCAUUUAUGACAUUUAUACCAAUGAGGUGAUACGCAGAUUCCCAAACUUUCUCAAGGCCAAUACUGACGUCAUACCUAGUCUCGUGUCAACUGAGCUCUCAAUUGUGAUUGAUGAUAAAUAUCAGGUGUUUGACGUUGAAUUCAACCGAUUUGUUAACCAAAUGAAAAUCAAACCUUAUAACAAUGUUGCCAAAAUGGUAAUCGAUGGACGAUAUCUCGUUAUGAUCUCCUCAAAUCAACAAGAGAUUCACGUUGUAAGGUCACGUGAUGGUUACCUGAAAACCAUGUGCUAUGUCCAUGGUAAAGCAACUUGCAUCGCUGUAGGUGCGGAUGAUAGAACGAUUGUAGUCGGAUGUGAGGAUGGAAGAAUAAUGAUAAUGACACUCAUCCUGGAGUUGUCAGACCCAGUGAUCGAGCUAAUCAGAACAAUCCCGAGUCGAUGCAGAGAGUUAGCUCAAAGAGAGGGCCUUGUACAUGACGUGCGAACUACGCAGAAUACAGCCACUGAACAUCGCAAGUUAUCCGCAACUAUAAGGGCGGCAAGUAGAGAACAACUUUCCCGUCCCCCGAGCUAUAAGAAACUUUCUGCUGGGGUCUCGAUGAUGCAGCGCUCUCGCCUAGUGCGAUCACAAGCCUGCUCAUUACAAUAACAGAUACAAACUGAACUCAAACUGUUAGUAUUAAUAAGACCACCAUGGUCUUGUGGCUUAAUCUGCUGAUAUAUUUUUUAUAGAAAUAGUUUAUAGUUAGCAUUGAUUUUUAUGUUUGCCAUUUAAAGUAAAUGUAGUAUAAACAAAAAAGUAUUUUUAUUGAAAUGGUUUAUAGUUAACAUACAUUUUAAGGUAUGUGUAUAUGCCAUUUAAAAUUGUAUAAAAGAAUGAAAAAGUUAAUUUACAUCAGAGGAAUAAAGUUUGUGUAAAAACUCAGAUAUAAUUUGUUGUCUAAUAUUUCAUGAUACUUCAAGAAUGUUUAUAAAUAUAACACCACUCGGGUAUUGUUCUCUGUAGAUCUGACGAGUGGCUUGUUAUAUGAUAAAACAGGUUUAAACGGCUGAUUAUUGGGUUUCAUUUAUGUCAUUCAAAUUUGUGUUUUUAUGUUACUGCACAAUCAUUGUAGAAUGGACCUGACGAAAUUCAAAAAUUUAAACUCUAAGUACAUGAUUGUAACUCUAGCAACUGC